AUGCCCAAAAAGUCAUUGAAAGCCCUAUUCAUUCCGGUGACGGCUAUCGGACACGUGAACGCCUGCAUAGGUAUAGCCGAGUCGCUGAUAGGGGCCGGACAUCGGGCGACAUUCCUCGUGAACAAGCAAUGGGAGGGCAAACUCAGACAAUACGGUAUCGACGAGAUCAUACGGGAGGACCCACCGGGGCGGGCGACGAGUGCCAGCCCUGAACUGGAGGCUGGAAAUGCUUUUAAAAGCAUAGGUCUUGUGGGCCCCGGGAGUCCCAUUGAUAAAAUGGUUGCCUGGGUGACCGAGCUCAUACCAUUUCACAUUAAAUGCGUUCAGGACAUGGAUGAGAUUAUUGCUAAGACUGUAGCCGAGGUACAGCCCGAUGUGAUAUUUGUGGACCGCAUGGUAGCCAUGGCGGCGGUGGAGCGCACGGGUAUACCCUGGGUAUGGGUUUGCAGUUAUAAUCCGCUGUUUCAGUUGAAUGAUGAUAGGACACCGCCACCCGGCUCAGGUUUUGCAGCAAACAGUGACCCUAAAGAGUGGGCAGUAUUUCGAGAGACAGUAAACAAUGCCGUGAAAGACAUAUGGCGUGAGUUUAAUGACUACAUUGUGGCCAACGGUUUACCACCGCUUGACUAUUGCCAAUACAUACGCGCGCCGACACAUCUACACAUAUACGCUAUGCCCAGCGAACUGGACUACACUGAUCUACGACCUGUGCCCGACCGGUGCCUACAGUUGGACAACUUUAUGCGUAAAGAUGCGCAUGCUACUUUCAAAGUGCCUGACCAGUUACUGAACAAACCAGGCAAAUUAAUCUACUUUGGUUUAGGCACCUUGGUAUCUUCAGAUCUAGAUAACAUUCAGCGUUUAUUGGCAAUACUGGCCAAAUCCGAGCACCGGUUCAUUGUGUCAAAAGCACCGCAUAUUGAGGAUUAUGAGUUACCCGGAGAUAAUAUGUGGGGCGAUUGGUAUGUGCCACAGAUACAGCCAAUGGUUGUGCUGCCGGUGUUUGCCGACCAGUUUGAUAACGCACAGAGACUGCAUGAGUUGGGCUAUGGUAUACGACUGGACGCCUACAAGUGCUCUGAGACCGAGCUGUUGGGCGCUAUCGAUAAGUUGCUGAAUGAUAACGAGUUGAAAGUAAAGUUGGCUAAAACAUCGGCCAGAAUACAAUCGGACGAUAAAAUUGCGCAAUUACCAGGGUUGAUUGAGAAAUUGUGCGAUAGUCAAACUAAAUGA